AUGAGUCUUCUUUCACGAGAUUUACAAGCAAAGACUUCUUACAAUUUGCAGAGCCUGGAAGGCAUUGAAGGACAAAAGGGAUACGGAGUGAUUGAUAACACAAAUGGAACGGUGAUCCAUAGUGAAGGAAUUCUAAAGAGUCAACCGGAGCUUCUCACUCACAUCCAUUUCAUGUUGCAAGAUGUGAAUGGUCUUCUCUCGUCCACCAAUUCGGGAGAGUCCAUGAAAAAAUUACAAAUUAAAUUUAACGACCAACCCUCCACGCCAUCAACCACCUAUCAUAUUGCUCUUUCCAAAAGCUCUACCUUUGUCGUUCUCACCCAACAAUAA